CGCGGCCCCUGCCCGCUGCCCCCCGGCGCAGGGCGAUGCUGGGGGCCCGGGGGCUGCGCUGGGGUCUCCCUGCACGGCGCGCCCCGAACGGGGCAAGGCCCCCGCCGGCCCGAGUCUCUCUGUGCGGCCGCCGCCAGGGGAGCUUGGCGGGUGGCAGCCUGGCGGCAGCCGGACUCCAGCCACAGCUGGACAAGUUUGGCGGGGUAACCGUGCACCUGGCUCAGCUUCACGCUCCAGACAGCCUGGACCAAGGCUCCUUCCAGGGAUGGCUACAGGAGUCUGUCAAGCAAUGGAGAGCAGAAGGCAGAAUAGCAGUCUGGCUGCACAUUCCUAUCCUCCAAAGCAAAUUUAUAGCCACUGCUGCUUUGCAGGGCUUUACUUUCCACCAUGCAGAAUCAGACUCAUCCACGCUGACCCUGUGGCUAGGAGAAGGGCACAGCAGGUUACCAGGGUAUGCCACGCAUCAGUUAGGAGUGGCAGGUGCUGCAUUGGAUGUAGACACUGGAAAAGUAUUGGUUGUACAAGACAAAAAUAAAACUACAAAUGCAUGGAAAUUUCCAGGAGGCCUGUCAGACCCAGGUGAAGACAUUGGAAACACAGCAGUUCGAGAGGUUUUUGAAGAGACUGGCAUUAAGUCAGAGUUCAAGUCCCUCUUAAGCAUAAGGCAGCAACAUAGGCACCCCGGAGCCUUUGGAAAAUCAGAUAUGUAUAUCAUCUGUCGCCUGCAGCCUUCCUCAUUCAACAUCAGCUUCUGCCAGCAGGAAUGCUUGAGGUGCGAAUGGAUGGAUCUUGAGGAACUUGCCAAGACUAAAGACACUACUCCCAUCACCAGCACUGUAGCUAAACUGCUACUUUAUGGAUACAGAGAAGGGUUUGAUAAGAUUGAUAUAACCAUGAGAGAAUUUCCAGCUGUUUACACAGGCCUAUUUUAUAAUCUGUACCAUAGGGAGCUGCCAGAUACUUAUAAAAACAUGACAGAAUUCUAAUAAGCUUCACAUUUCAUUAAAUUCAUAAUU